AUGUCGGACGAUUUGAGCGCAUUUUUUGCGAAGAAGAAGGACAAGAAGAAGAAGAAUGUGGUGAAGAUGGAAGAUGUUGGUCACAUACUUGAAUUAAAAGUCAAACGACAGGAGGAGAACGAUCAGCUACAAGCAGACGCCGAAGCUCGUGUUGCUGAAGAUGGCGAAUUUCAAGUUCGCGCACGCGGUAACAGUACUGCAGCAGGCACACAAAGUGGAGAAGAGAGCGAAUGGAUUGACUACACCGAUACUAAUCAAGGACGCUUGGAAGGACUGAAAAUAAAAGAUAUGGGUGCAGAUAGCGGCGACAUUGCAGAGGAGGAACAUAUUGAUGAUGAGGACCAGAAGGCACAUACGGAAUCCGUAAGAACAUGGGGGCAAGUGGAGAAGAAAGAGGAAGACCACCAGAACGAUGAUCAUUUCGCAAAUCUUAAACAGAAAACUGCUUACGUAAUACCUUCACAAAGACAAGGAGGGAUACGCACUUCUGCUCAAAAAGUAGACAUCUCAAAUAACGAGAUGUUCCCAUCACUUGCUGAUGCAAGUAAGAUAGAGAAGGAUAAAAAGGAGGAUGCCAAGUCUGGAGGAUGGGUGAAGAGCAGCAGUGGAGGCAGUGCCAUUAAUCCUGCAUCUGAAAAUCGUCCAAUUUCCACUGCGAACCGUUGGAACAUGUCCGCUGGACCGCCACCAAAUGUAGCCCGUGAAAGGGAUAGCGCCAUCAAGGCUGUUGCUGCCCACAGUGCACAAAACCCAACAACAGCGUCGACUCUACGUGAGAAAGAGCCAGAAGCGCCGAAACCUGCAAAGUAUGUGCCACCAUCGCUCAGGAACAGAAAUUAG